AUGCCGAAGAAAAACUCCCUCAAGAAGCGCUCCAAGCGGCGGGAGGCCGAGGCGGAAGAGAUCGUCGAGGACCUCGAUUUAGACGUGGACGACUACAACGUGGAGGACGAGGACGUCGUCCACAACCGUCGUGGAAAGGCGAGGAGGGACGAGCACGACGGCCUGGCGGCCGUGUUGCCCUCCGACGCCCAUAAGUUGGAGGGCUACGACGACGACGAUGACGAGCGGGGUGCGCACUUGGAGGAGGAGGCCCUUGCGCUGGAGGCCAACAAGAGCAUGCGACGGAGGGUGAUUGAGUCGGACUUUGAGGUUGGCGGCAUCACGACGGCUGUAAAGCGAAAGAGAAAUGGAGAGGCAAACGCCGCGCUCAAUGUUGCGCCUGUCGUUGAGGCCGUGGAACGUGACUACGCCGCCCUCUCCUCCUCGGAGCGGAUGUCCAUUGUGCAAAAAGGAGUCUCCAGAACUGAUCAAGAUGCUGGAGGAGAUGAAGCAGUACCUGACAGAAGUUAA